UUAUUUAUUUAUUACAGAUCACUGGAAAAACAUUUGGUGAAGUGAAAGAUGUUUCAGGAAUGCAUCAAAGGAAAGCUGAAAUGGCUCGUCAAGCCGACGCUUUUAUUGCAUUGCCAGGUGGAUAUGGUACACUUGAGGAACUUCUAGAAGUAAUUACUUGGGCACAAUUGGGAAUUCAUGAUAAGCCGGUGGGUUUAUUGAAUGUUGAUGGAUAUUAUAAUUCACUUUUAUCAUUCAUUGACAAAGCUGUUGAUGAAGGUUUCAUUGCCCCAACUGCCCGUCACAUUAUAAUCUCUGCCCCAACUGCCCGAGACCUUAUUAACAAACUUGAGGAAUAUGUUCCGAUGCACAAUUCUACGUUGAGUUGGGAGAUGGAGCAGCAUCAGGGUUACACAUCCAGAUUUGAUAUAAGCCGUUGAUCUUAAAUCAUUCAUACGCCUGAUAUUAGAUCACAGCCGUAGAUUUAAAUUACUUCCUGACCUUUGAUUUCAGUCUGAUAUAGCUCUAUUUAUUCUUUUUUCUGGUUUACUUAUGAAUUAGUCAAGGUUAUUGUGAAAUUAUUUUUAAAAAAGCAAAGAAUUCUAUAUUGGAUAUGAUUUCUCAUAAUGUACAAUUUUUAUUUCAAUAUUAUUGGGUUAUUUUGUGUGUGU